GGCUUAUGUGGUUAGGGUGGCUGACAAGGAUGGUUGGAGUGUAGCUGCAAAAAUGACAUCAGGUGAUAUGUCGGAUCCAAUGUCAGAGUUAUUCAUUUCUUAUGGACGAGGUUAUUACUCGAAUAAUCAGCCACAGCCUGUGCAGGUUCAAGUUCCAAGCUUAUAUAUGCCUUCGGGCAUUCAGCCUCAACCAUUUGUCUAUCCGAAUUGGCAACAGAUAUCUUCCCAGAGGAUGUUCUGUCCUCCUCCUACGAAUAAUUAUUGGGAUGAGACACAUUCGCGUGACCUGUCUGGUUCUUCUUUGGGUCAACAACCUUUUCAUAAUUCCUGGUCUCCGAAUCCUUGGGGAAAAGGGCAUUAUGCUAAUGAGUGUGGGUCGAGGAAGCAUAUGAGUUCUUCCUUUCGUGACGAAAGUUCUGGACCCAAACGAAGCUGA